AUGGGAUUUAACGAUCUUCUUGCUGCUAGAAACAUUCUAAAGAGCAGCAUAGAGAAAUCGAGAGACAUAUCAGCCGCGCUCGACAAAACCAGCUCGAAACUCGAAAAAACAAGCCGCGGUCUGCCUUAUCUACAAUCGGCCAUACACGACGUGGCAAAUAAAUGCUCGAUUUAUGAGAUUAAAAGCGAAAUCGACCGAGCCAUUGGGCCAGCUGCUGGUGCCCUGAAGGUCCUUAGCCUUGUGCACGAGGUGCAGGCCUCACUCGAGACAGAUCCACGUGUCGCAGGCUUAUUCGCUUACAUUAAUGACGUUAAACGACUCCAGGAAGCGCUAAAACUGCUCGUCAGUAAUUGCAGACUGGCGAUAAUAUGGCUUGAAGAUAUUGAUCGAGGAUUGUUUGCUGAUGGAGAUGAUUUUGGUGACUGGUAUUUUGGCCGAGUGUCGACAGUCGUGAAGAAAUUGGAUGAACUGCAGGGAAAAGGGUACUGCUCGGGGGUUUUAUCCUCCGCAUUAGACAGACUCGAGCACGAGUACAAACGUCUCGUGACCGAAAGUCGAACGAUAGAUGAUUUUCCAGCUCCCGAUGCAAUUCGAGAAUUGCAAGCAAUUAUCGAAAUAUUAGCCGCUAACGGUCGCCUCGAUAGGUGCGUAUCCGUUUACACGGAAGCUCGGGUCGAAAAUGCUCGGGCCACUCUACGGGCCCUCGGCAUGGAUAUCCAACUGUACAAAACUGUAAGCAGUCAAACUGUAGAGAGUUACGUUGACAUGUGGGAUCAGCACAUGGAGUUUGUGGUGAGGCAUUUGCUGCACAGCGAGCGCAGGCUGUGCAGUGAGGUGUACCGUGAUGAUGACACGUGGAUGAAUUGCUUUGCGAAAAUCGCUAGCGGAUGCGGAUUUACGGAAAUACUCGAUUUCGCGAGAAGAAUUUGCGGAAGCAAGAGAGAGGCAAUCAAGCUCCCGAGGCUGCUGAGGGUAUUCUCGACACUCGACAGGCUGAGGCUGGAUUUCAACGACCUGUUUGGCGGGAGAUUUUGCGUCGGGAUACAGAAAAAGACGAGGGGUCUUGUGAGGAGAGUCGUUCGAGAGACUUGCGAGAUAUUUUACAAACUCUCGGCGCAAGUCGAGCUGCAGAGGGCGUGGGGCCCGCCGCCAGAUGGCAGCAUCCCGAGGCUCGUUCGUUUUGUCACCGACUACUGCAGUCACCUUCUAGAAGAUGGAAACAACAGCUUGAUCCUUACGCGGGUUCUCGAGAUAAAUCGAGCAUGGAAUAACGAACUCGUAGACGGGCGGCAGCUUCUUUCUUUUGAAAUUAACAACGUAAUGAAAGCAGUCGAGACGAACCUGGAGACUUGGGCCAGAAGUUACGAGGAUGCGGCACUUUCGCACGUGUUUAUGAUGAACAGUCAUUGGUACUUGUUCAAAAGAGUAAGGGGAACCGAGCUCGGGAAAUUAAUGGGAGAUUCUUGGGUGUGGGCCCACGAGGGAUCGUUUGGGUACCACGCAGUAUCGUACAUGAGAGAGAGUUGGGAGAAGAUUGUCGAGCUUUUACGUGAAGAUGGGCUAACCUUUUUCCCGGGUGGUAGAGCUGUUGAUCGGGAUUUGGUUAAGAAGAGGAUUAGAUUAUUCUGUGAAGCCUUCGACAACAUGUACAGAAAGCAGUCAAAGUGGAUGCUGUCGGAUAAAGCCUUGAGGUGGAAAAUUUGUCAGUUAAUAGUCGAGACGAUUGUUCGGCCUUAUAAAAGCUAUCUGCAGAGAUUUAUGCCGGCAGGAUUAGAAUACCACAGUGGAGAGAGUUUGGAGAAUCUAAUUGGUAAGCUUUUCCAAUUACCAAAGCUCGGCAAGCAAAGUAAUAGCAAAUGCACGGAUUUGAUCGUCAUCAACACAAGUGCUGAUCAUUUUGUCGAUCACUUCCCGUCAACCCCUGCUGCCGCGUGUUGA